AUGAUCCUUGCAUGUAGCCUGUAUCUUCGUGGCCUCGCCCAGGCGUCAUUAUCAAAGGUUAAGCACUUGAGCAUUGGUGCAAGAUGUUUAACUGCAGAAGCUACUACUGCUCUUCGAGACAGUGAGCCCAUGUUCAGAUAUGAAGAAUACGGUGAUGCUGAUUGGAAUAAACUUGGAUUUUGUCUUACACGGACCGAUUAUAUGUAUAUGGCGAAAUGCUCGGAAAACAAAAUUUUUCAGCAAGGCCGAUUAAGCAAUUAUGGGAAUGUUGAAAUAAGCCCAGCUGCCGGAGUUCUAAAUUACGGCCAGGGACUUUUUGAAGGAACAAAAGCUUAUAGAGGAGAUGAUGGUAGGAUCUUUCUUUUUCGACCCGAACAAAAUGCAAUUCGUAUGGGGAUUGGAGCCUACAGAAUGUGUAUGCAAUCUCCAUCGGUACAACAAUUUGUAGAUGCGGUGAAACAAACGGCUCUUGCAAACAAACGUUGGAUUCCACCUCCUGGAAAAGGAUCACUAUAUCUUAGGCCUUUGCUCAUUGGAACUGGGCCUAUAUUGGGCUUAUCACCUGCUCCAGAAUACACAUUUUUAGUAUAUGCUUCUCCUGUUGAAAAUUAUUUCAAGGCGCCAUUGAACUUAUAUGUUGAGGACGAGUUUCAUCGUGCAACUCGUGGUGGCGCAGGAGGUGUCAAAAGCAUUUCUAAUUAUGCCCCGGUACUAAAGGCAAUAUCGAAAGCAAAGGGACAAGGGUUCUUAGAUGUAUUGUAUCUUGAUUCGGUCCAUAAGAAAUACAUUGAAGAAGUUAGUUCUUGCAAUAUUUUUCUAGUCAAGGAUAAUGUUAUUUCAACUCCUGAAACAGUAGGUACCAUCCUUGUAAGAAUCACAAGAAAGAGCAUUAUCGAUAUUGCUCGUGACUAUGGAUGCAAGGUUGAGGAACGUCCUGUCGCCAUAGAUGAAUUGUUGCAAGCCGAUGAAGUUUUUACUACUGGAACAGCCGUUAGCGUUGCUGCAGUUGGUGGCAUAACAUACAAGGGCCAAAGAGUGGAGUAUAAAAUUGGAGAUGGACUGGUGAGCCAGAAGCUGUACAAAACACUAGUAGGAAUUCAAGUUGGAAAAAUUGAAGACAAAUACAACUGGGUUAUUGACAUUAAUUGAUGGAUGAUAUCAAUUAAACUAACUUUUAUUGUUUGUGUGCAUAUGACAAAGUUAUGCCCAAUAAAGAAAAUGUAGAAAGAAAAAAGGUUGCAAUUGUAAACGAAGAAUCGCUAGUUUGUAAUAUAUAUAGUCGCUCUAGUCACGUUUUUUUUGGAACUAUAACUUUUAAUAAUCUAAUUAAAGAAGGUUUUUGUAAGUGUGAACGAAAUUUUUUGUCUUCUUGAUGCACCAAACCUUAACGUGAAAAUUUUUGUGUAUUUUUACUCGUAAUUUUUUUUAAAAUCAAACUACUAAGGUUUCCCCCCAUCAGGUAUUUGAAAUAGGCAUUUCUAUUUUGAGGGAGCUCUCUAACGCAGACUCGGUUAAGACAACAUAUAUUAGACCUCCCACUGUCGAAUCGCGAUACGAAGUUCUCAAACGAAAUUCACCUUUUAAAAAGAGCAGCUGAAGUUAGGGAUGAAUCUAGUUAUG